AAUGUGCUUUACAAUUUUUUAUUGGUAUUGGUCCAAAGCACAUUUAUUGCACUAUUGUCCUCUGUUUACUAUUUAUGUCUGGUAUUUUGUGUGUCUCUUUCUCUCAGAGGCUCAGGCCUUUGUGACCCUGGCCACUACAGAUGCCUAUUGCAUGGGAUGUAUAGUGGUAGGCAAAAGUUUGCGCAGACAUGGAACAUCAAGGAAGUUAGUGGUCAUGGUUUCCCCCAAUGUUUCUAGGGUAGGAAGAUUGGCCCUGGAGGACGUGUUUGAUGAAGUUGUCGUGGUAGAUGUGUUGGACAGUAGAGACAAGGCACAUCUCACCUGGCUGGGACGUCCUGAACUAGGGGUCACCUUCACCAAACUCCACUGCUGGACCCUUACACAGUUCAGCAAGUGUGUGUUCUUGGAUGCAGACACACUUGUACUGUGUAAUGUUGAUGAGCUGUUUGAAUAUGAAGAAUUGUCUGCUGCACCUGAUCCAGGCUGGCCGGAUUGCUUCAACUCUGGGGUAUUUGUGUUCAGGCCCUCCCUGAAUACCCAUACCCAAAUACUGGAACACGCCGCACAACACGGCAGCUUUGAUGGAGGAGACCAGGGUGUUUUAAACACUUUCUUCAGUGACUGGGCAGUAAAAGAUAUCAGGAAGCAUUUACCAUUUGUGUACAACCUCACAGCCAGUGCUGUCUACACUUAUCUGCCAGCAUUUCAGCAGUAUGGCCACCAUGCAAAAAUCGUCCACUUCUUGGGUGGGAUCAAGCCCUGGCAUCAUUCAUAUAAUCCACAGGCUGCCAGUGAGUCAUCUUUUAGGGAUUCCAGCAAGAACUUUGCACAAUUUAUGCAUUUAUGGUGGGCGGAGUACUACAGUCAAAACCAGCUACAAGUUAAGAAGGAUGACAAGAAUGAAGACUAUUCAGUGCAGCAGUUGGAUUCUUCACAGACACAUCCAACUCCAACACACAGCCAAAAGAGCAGCACUGAAGCCCUCCACAGAGAGAUGAGACUCUCUUCACCUCUCCAAGAUCUGACUUUGGACUCACUGACAAUCAGCUCAUCUAAAAAAUCUGAGGAAAUCCUAAGUGAUAGUUUGAGCUGCCCUUCCAGAGAAAUGGAGAAUAUUCUCUUUGAUGUCCUGCCUGGUGGGGAGACUGAAGAGACCCCUAUAGUCAGCCCUCCAUCUGAGCAAGAGACUGAACACAAAGACCCAGAGACUGCUGAUGAUUCUGCCGUAGGCACUGGAAAAGCUAUCGCUGCUGAGACAGAGGAGGAAGACUCGGAGCGCCGGCGCAUGUGGGAGGAAGGUCACGUUGAUUAUAUGGGCAAAGAUGCCUUCGACAACAUCAAGAGGAAACUUGACCUAUUCCUUGAGUAAUACUCUCUCUCUCUCUCUCUCUCUCUCUCUGUGUGUGUGUGUGUGUGUGUG